CAGCCUAGACGCGCCGGCCCGAUGCGGCACCGGCGGGAAAGGGGAGAGAGGAGAGAGACAGGAGAAGCAGCCGCCUCCCCCGGCUCAGCCUCGCUCACUCCGCCGCUGGUGAUUGGUGAAGUGCUCCACUAGACGAACAGCCAAGUUCCGUCUCUUGUGAUCUCCUGGUUCUUGGUGUUAUCCUGCUAUCUUGGCUCCUUGCAGCAGCUCCGCGCUCCGGUGUCUGUCCCAAGAGGGCGUGGUAUGGCUCGAACCUUGACUGAGAACAGGACCAGAAACACCCUACUUGUAGUUGUGGUCUUUGGCCUCUGUUCCUUCUUCUAUCUCUUGGGUCUUUGGCGGAGAAGUGGUUCUGGAGGAGGAGAUAAAAUACAAACUUGGGUGAUUGAGCAGACUAAAUGUGCACGUCUCCCAAAUUUGAAUUUUGAGACCCAUCAUAGUGCUUUGGACCUCCCUAAUGAUACUGUCACUUUUGAAGUUGAAGCUUUUGAGCCAUGUGAUGAGCAGUACACCGAUUAUACUCCUUGCGAGGAGCAAAAGCGUGCAAUGACUUUCCCUAGGAACAACAUGAUAUAUCGGGAGAGGCAUUGCCCGCCUGAAAAGGAGAAACUUCACUGUAUUAUUCCAGCACCAAAGGGUUAUGUUGCUCCUUUUCCAUGGCCAAAGAGCCGUGAUUUUGUUCCUUAUGCCAAUGUACCUCACAAGAGCCUUACGGUUGAAAAGGCUAUCCAGAACUGGGUGCACUAUGAGGGCAAUUUGUUCAGGUUCCCUGGUGGUGGAACACAGUUUCCUCAGGGUGCAGAUAAGUAUAUAGACCAGCUUGCCUCUGUCAUCCCAAUUGUUGAAGGAAAAGUGAGAACUGCACUAGAUACUGGCUGCGGAGUUGCCAGUUUGGGCGCUUACCUGUUGAAGAAAAAUGUUCUGACCAUGUCAUUUGCACCAAGGGAUAAUCAUGAGGCACAAGUACAGUUUGCAUUGGAGAGAGGUGUCCCUGCAUAUAUUGGUGUCCUUGGAUCAAUAAAGCUGCCAUUCCCGUCUCGUGUCUUUGACAUGGCCCAUUGCUCGAGAUGUUUAAUUCCAUGGAGUGGAAAUGAUGGUAUGUACAUGAUGGAAGUUGACAGAGUACUAAGGCCUGGCGGAUAUUGGGUACUAUCAGGCCCACCCAUUGGCUGGAAGAUUCACUAUAAGGGGUGGCAGAGAACAAAGGAAGAUCUUCGGAAUGAGCAGAGAAAAAUAGAACAAUUCGCAGAGCUUCUUUGUUGGAAGAAAAUAUCUGAGAAGGAUGGUAUCGCCAUAUGGAGAAAGAGAUUAAAUGACAAGUCGUGCUCCAUGAAGCAAGAUAAUCCAAAAGUUGGCAAAUGUGAGUUGACGAAUGACAGUGAUGUAUGGUAUAAGAAAAUGUCAGUUUGUAUAACCCCCCUUCCCAAGGUUAAUAGUGUAUCAGAGGUUGCGGGUGGUCAAUUAGAGCCUUUUCCCAAAAGGCUCAAUGCGGUACCUCCUCGGAUAGCCCUUGGUUAUGUGCCUGGGUUCUCGGUUCAGUCAUAUGAAGAGGACAAUAAACUUUGGCAGAAACAUGUUAUUGCUUACAAAAAAACCAAUAACUUGCUUGAUACUGGAAGGUAUCGUAAUAUAAUGGACAUGAAUGCGGGUCUUGGUAGCUUUGCUGCUGCACUGGAGUUCAGGAAGCUGUGGGUCAUGAAUGUUGUUCCAACAAUAGCAGAUACUUCCACUUUAGGUGUAAUCUACGAGCGUGGAUUAAUUGGAAUGCAUCACGACUGGUGUGAAGGAUUUUCUACUUACCCGAGGACAUAUGACCUCAUACACGCUAAUGCCAUCUUCAGCUUGUACCAAAACAGGUGUAAAUUUGAAGAUAUACUCCUAGAAAUGGACCGAAUCUUACGCCCGGAGGGCACAGUUAUAAUCCGUGACAAGGUUGAUGUUCUCGUAAAGGUGGAGAAAAUAGCCAAAGCUAUGAGGUGGGACACCAGAUUGGCCGACCAUGAGGGUGGCCCUCAUGUGUCUGAGAAGAUACUCUUUGCAGUUAAGAAAUAUUGGGUCAUUGCAGACAAGAGCAGUUAAUGAUGUUCACAUUAUAUUUCUCAAGUCAUGUGGAUAACUUGGCCCCUGGCUGUGUUUAUCGAAAGAACCCUGUUAGGUAUAGUUUGGAAAUCAGCAUUCCGUGUUGAGUUCUGGAGAAAUAAAACAAUCACACGGGUGAGAGUAAAUUAUGGGAUACCUUGUGAUUUGAUUUUUCCACUGGUGCGUAGCUGUUGAUGGAUGUAGCAAAUGAUCAAUGGCCUGUUUGCAAGUACAUUGGGACAGAUGCAGCUCUUAUAAUUUACGAUCUUCUCAACAGUCCAUCAGCAAGACAUGAACUAGGAGUGUGCUGAUUUUUUUUUUUCAGGCAUAGUUGUUAGAUAGUAUUUCUCUUCCUUCACCCACAUUUUGUUGUUGUUGUAUCUUAGAAUUUCUUGAACUGGAUAGUGUAUCAGAACCUCUAGGGUUGCUCCCUAUUUGAUUUGAAUAACAUCCAUUUCAAGCCCAGGGACAUUUUGUGUAACCUUAAUGAGAAGCAAGAUUGCAAUGAGUUUUUCGUA